AUGCUCGCGCUACUGCUCGAACUCUGCGCGGUCCUCGUUCCGCCGCCGCCCGUUCGCGGCGCGAGCCGCUUCUUCCUGGACACUGCUGACGUGCGAGAGUGGAAAGCCCUCCUCCCGCUCGGCAUCUUCCACGGCGUCACGACUAACCCGGUGCUGCUGGAGCGAGCCGGCGUUCGCUGCACCGUGGGCGAGUGCCACAGGCUCGCUCGCACCGCCUUCGAGCUCGGCGCCGCCGAAUUUAUGGCGCAGGCGUGGGGCGGAGACACGGACUCCCUCGUCGCGUCCGGACUAGCGCUCCGGUCAGCCAAUCCGGAGAGGAUCGUGGUGAAGGUGCCAGUCACGGCCGACGGCACCGCGGCCGCCGCUCGCCUCGUCAGCGCCGGCACACGAGUCUGCCUGACUGCCUGCUACAGCCGAGAGCAGGCGCUGGUCGCUACGGCACCGCGACUGACCCGAGAUGUCCCGAGAUCAGGCGCCGAGUACCUCGCGCCGUACCUCGGCCGUAUCGGCGACGCGGGGCACGACGCGCACGCAGAGCUGGAGGCGAUGCAAGCCAUCGCGCGCGGGCUGGGCGGCGGCACCCCCCUCUCUUCGCCGCGUGCCCCGAGGCGGAUCCAGCGACUCUUCCCACCAGGCCUCGACACCUUCACUUUCUCGCCCGCGAUCGCGCGCGAGCUCUUCUCGGACACGCUCACCGCCGCCGCCGCCGCAAGCUUCGAG